AUGCCACGCGCAACCUCAAAUCAGUCCACUGCUAGACAAAAAAGGCAGAAGAACCCGAACCGGUGCAAGCCCAAAUCGAAAGGAGGUUGUCAGAAAUGCAAGGAACGGCGACGAAGAUGUGAUGAAUCUAGACCCAGUUGUCAGGAGUGUCUGAGGAAAGGCUUUAUAUGUCCUGGUUAUCAGAAGAAACCUCUGGAAUGGCGCUAUGUUUUCCAGGAUGGGGAUCAUGAGCUCGAUGAGGAAACUUCACCACCAAUAGAAGAGCCAUCGGAGUCAUUGCCUGUUCUCGGAAAUGAUCCCACUGAAAUGGGAGUCGAAGCUAGCCACGAUAACAACAAUCUACUACAAGAGCUUUGGAAUGAGGCAAACUCAACAAUACUCGAUCAACUUCCCGAAAUUGACUCCUCCAUAGAUGGAAAAUCUAUAACAGACAGCCGAUCGCAUGGCGGGACUGUUUUUAAAACUACAUCACAUUCAGACAGCCUGGCAAGUCUCCAUCGACGACUGUCGAAUACAGCAAUUCCCUCGUUCCUUAUUCACAUGCCAGCUAUCCUAGUGCAAUACUACUUUGACUUUGUUUGCAAGGCCUGGUCAUCAUUUGACUCUCCUUUGAAUCCAUUUCGACUUAUUGUCAGUCGUCUUUGGAGUCAAAAUGCGGCGAUCUACUACGCCAUUCAAAGCAUGGCUGCAGCCUCUCUUGCCAAUGAUUUCCCAGGUAUGAGGGCAAUUGGCAUCCAAACUCAACAGCAAGCAAUAGCCUGUCUUCGGAAUAAUCCCCGAAUAGGCUCACUGCAUCGAGAUGAUCAUGAUGACGAGUUCUUCCUCGCCCUUCUGAUGAUUGGGCUAACUACCGCAUGGCAUAAUGCUGCUGACUUGGGACUUGAAUACCUCAAGGAGGCUAAGGAUUAUCUUGUGAGUCAGCAACAAAUGUGUCAUAAUCCUCAAUCCACAUUCUCAAAGCAAUACCCACUGUUCCAGCAAUGUUUGCUGUAUUGGAAUAUGAUGGCAGCAUUUGUGGCAGAAGAUUCUCUCCUGUUGAAUGAAGAAAAAGUUCUUGAAAGACCCGAUACAGAGAUGUCAAUCUAUUUGGUGGAUGGUCAAGCUCUUCCACAUCCGUGGACAGGGCCACUCUCCAAAUCAAUUAGUCUGUUCUACCAAACGGCGAAGUUAGUUCGAGCUGUACGAAUUUCCUAUCGCACCCGUGGAGAAGAUCUUGAUGUAACCAAUAUCGAUUUCAACUUCCUCGUCGAAGAAAUUGACCAACACCAAACAGCUGAAAGACUUGAAGAAGAGAUGUUGUUUACUGGAAUAUCAUCAUAUUGUGGUCCUGUUGAUAUUGGUGACACUGACACACCUCCAUCUCAUUUCAUUACUCUUGCAGAGGCCUAUCGCUGUACUGCCUUACUUCAAAUCUAUCAUGUCUACCCAGGCAUUCUUGAUGACCGACUCCGAGCUGAAAAGGCUUGUAGUCAAGAUCCCUCCGUUCUUUUCACACUACUUUUCGGAGCAAAGUCUUCACCACCGUCAGUGGAGGAAGCACGCCAAAUCUUGGCACUCCAUAUUGUAUCUCUUUUGGAUCAAAUUCCACCGACAUCUGGAACUAGAUGUAUGCACCCCGUAGUUCUUACUUGCAUCUCAAGCGAUCUUGUCUUUUCAAACGAAUCUCUUUUUGGUCCUGCGGCGAAUGCCAUUGCUUGUUUAAGCUCUUUAGAUGUUGAAAUUGCUCAGGCACGGCGAAAGGUCAGCACUUGGUUAUCGGAACUCACUUUGAUUCUUCCAAAAUUACGAUUGCAACGCAUGUCACGCAUUGUGCAUGAAACUUGGGCUAAAGCGGAUGCUGGUCUUGGGGAGUUUUGGCUUGAUAUAAUGUUGGAGCAUAAUCUUGAGACGAUGAUGGGGUAA